CAGGAAAGCUCCACCCAUAACUACAGUAUCAUAUAACAGAAGUAGUGUUUAUAACUUGGCAUUUACGACCUGGUCACUUUGGCUUACUCAACGAACAUGAAGGCUCUUCUAGUAGCUGUCGUAUUUGUGGUUGCAAGUUAUGCUGCCGAUCCUAAACCCGCCAACUUUGAGGAGUUUAAGAAAUUAGAAGCUGAACAUUUCAAUUCUGCAAGACUGCAUUUUACUGCAAAUAGUUACCGUUCAGGUCAACAACCAAACACAUGGGAAUGUGAUCGAGUUGGACCAGUACCCCAUGACGUACGAACAAAAAUGAAACUAAGUCGGUUCUACCGGAAGUACCUGCAUGCAUUCGGUAUUCCAAUCAUAAGCUCCAACGCUCCAAGUGAUGCUGCUCUGAGGCGAGCCUGUUACACCGUGGUGUUCCUUCUGGCUGAUCGUGCAGAUAUUCGUAGCUGGCUUUAUAAACGAAAUGGACGGGCUGGUGUURUUGGGAGGAAUGAAGGGGUCACCACUAUCCCUGAACAUUCUUGGCUACCAAGUUGGUGGAAUCAACGUGCCAGAGGACUGGGCGGGACUAUUCAGAAUCCUAUUUCAACAUGUGGUGAGGAAAACAUUAUGUGCGAAAGAGGAGACCGUUAUCCUCGCGAAGACAUCUUCCUUCACGAGUUUGUUCACGGAAUCCACGAAAUAGCCAUCGUACGAGGAGCCAUUCCUAACUUUGACAGCCGUCUAGUUCCUCGAUACAACCACCUUAAGAGAACUGGUAGUUUAUGGGCGAGGACGUAUGCCAUGAGCACAAGCCGAGAGUAUUUGGCUGAGGGAACACAAAGUUUUUACGAUGUUAAUGAUGAGCAGAUCCCGACCAAUGGCAUCCAUAAUCACGUGAAUACUAGGGGUGAACUUAAGAACUACGACCCAGUGCUGUAUAACUUUAUCAAAGAAUUGUUUCCUUGUAAAAACAGAAUCAUUAAGAGAUGCGAGGCAAAAGCGGGUAAUAUUCCAGCAAAUCGUUGGUACUUUAAGAUGAACUGCGAUAAACAUGGAAACGGAGUACUGAUGGACUUUAGAACAAAGUUGCCWGUCGGAGGAACGCCCACUACAUCACCUCCACAAACCCCUCCACCUGAUACUAUGCCUCCCACCCCUCCCAAACCUCAAACACCGCCUCCUAAUACCAUGCCCCCCACCCCUCCCCCACCGCAAACUCCCCCACCAGAGACUCAGCCUCCGCCAACCCCUCCUCCAAAUACGCCUGCCCCCCCAGUGAAAUGCGUUGACAACCAUGGAAGCUGUAGUUAUUGGGCAAGAAUAGGUGAAUGUAGUAGAAACCCAAAUUACAUGAAWGUUAACUGUAAAAAGAGCUGUAACGUUUGUGGGAGUUCGUCGUGUGUAGACAAACAUCGUAACUGUUACAGCUGGGCGGGGCGAGGKGAAUGCAGUCGAAACCCACMGUAUAUGACAGUUAAUUGUAGGAAAAGUUGCAGACUCUGCUAACAUGGAGAGUUUGUUUCCAGAUUCAGAUGAUUACUCAAACACAACAGAAUAUAUUCAUUGUACAAGUUUCCUCAAUGUGACAAUAAAAUAUACCCUCGAAUCAAGCCUGUA